GGGCGUAUAAGAAAUAAAGGGAAGGCUCAGUGCCGAUAACAUAGAUCAGGAGAGCUCAGCCAAACACAGGUAAAGGAGAGAGAAGACUCAUAUCAACACGUGCUGAGAAUCCACAGACAGAAACAAACAAGAUGAAGAUUCUGCUACUGCUGUCAGCCAGCCUUAUGGGGGCCCUGGCGGUGCCACUGCUGCCUCCAGACCUGCAUCAGAACCCUACUGUGUCAGAAGGGAACCGGGGCCCUCUGCUGGGGGACGUGGUGCCCGUCAUGGGCCACGUUGUGGUGGAGAACCCUGCUCCGCAAGUCAUGGUGAGCCCCAAAGAGCAGGGGGACAGAAAGGCUCCGGUGGACAAGAAGCAGAGCCAAACUGUGGUUAGGCAGGAGGUAAAAGCAGAGGUGGAUGUGAGAGCGGAGCAGGAGGUUAAACGGCCUGAUGCUAAAGUGCAAGAACAGCUGAAAGAAGAGCUAGAAGCCAAACCAGAGGCAGAAGCGGAAGUUGUGGCAGAGAAUAAAAUCAAGCAAGAGACUCUGGCGGAUCCAGAACUUCAACCUGAACAAGAUUUUAAGGUGGAAUCAGAGGUUAAGGUGGAGCCUGAUGUUCAGAUGAUGGAGGAGGAGGACCCUGAGACAGAGGCCGACUCAGAUCUGUUGGUGGAAGAAAGGCACAUUGACAUGGAGAGAAAAUAUGAAGCCAUUGGUGAAGCAGAAAUGGAGUUAGAGCCUCUGGAGGAAGACAUGUAUAGAGAUGAGGACAGUCACACAGAGUCUGAGAGCGCUCCGUUUCAGGGGCAAGAAGCCGUCUUAGAACUUUUGCCAGAAGAGCAAGAAGAGGAGGACGUUGAAGAAGACAGGGAGAUCCAAAGAAUGAGGAGUCAAAUUUCAGCUGAAGACUCAAUCCUGACUCUGGAGCCUGAGAUGGGAGAGGACCCUCUCCCGAAUGAACUUAAUGAUGAAUCAUUGGAGGAGGGGCAAGACUGGGACACAGCGGGGCAGCAGUCCCUGUCUGAAAACAGUUUCCCGGAUGAGGAAGGUGUCAUUGAGAUGAGCCCUGAAUAUCGGAACGAGUACUCCAUGAUGGAGGAAGAAGCACAGAGAAUCAGAGACGAAGAGCCACCUGCUCAGUUCUUUGAAGAGCAGGAAAUGGAAGAAGAGGCUCCCCAGACUGAUGGGAUGUCAAAAAGUGAAGCCAGUGCUUUGGUGGAAGAUGAACCAGACAGCCUAGAGAGGCGCCACUGUUCCGGUUUAUUGUUUGAGGGGAAAUGUUACCAGUUCUUCAGGGAACCAAAGGACGCUGAAGCUUCUGAGCUUUUUUGUCAGGAGAGUUUCCCUGGUGGCCACUUGGCCUCCAUCACCAGCGCAGAGCUCCACAGGGAGGUGAUGAAACUGAUACUGAAGGAAAACGGGCAUCGCACAAGGACCUGGGUUGGAGGACUACGAAAUUUGAAAACUAAUGGCUUUAUCUGGAUUGAUGGGUCGCGCUGGGGCUACGCUGACUGGCUGUCAGGGGAGCCAAAUAAUACAUCACGAGUGGAAAACUGCCUGGAAGUGCUGGGAAGUGGAAAGUUUAAUGACUUCACGUGCUGGGAACCUCAAACUUUCCUCUGUUCCUUCUCUUAUCAGUGAAUGAACAUAAAGCUCUUUUUACAAUCUACUUCUUUGUUUGAUUAGAUGUCUGACAUGGGUUUGUUAAAAUACCCUCUCUCUUGCUUUACUUACACUAAAUUAUUGUAAAAGACCACACUUAAUUUUUUGGAACCUUGAAAUUGUUUCUAUGGGAACUACUUACUGUGAAUAAUUGCAGUCACGUUAAUUUCUACUAAACCAAAAACAACUACAGCAAUCUAAAUACAGAUAAUAAAGUUGAUGUUUUUCUUUUUUUUUAAUUUCUAGUGUGUGCUUGGUUCAAUGGUCAGAGUUUUCAUUUCAAGCAUCUUGAUCCUUCAUUCGUCCAUCCACUACUCCUGGUGGGAUCACAGGGUGGCCGGGGGAGAGGGGGACUACACCCACAAAUCAGUCAAAUGUGACAGCUGUUUAGUUGCUUAUCCAGUCCUGCACACUCAGUCCUGAGAAAGCAGAUGGGCCAGAAAUGUCUUGGUGUUGUUCAAAUUCCACUUAAAUGACAGACUAAAGAUGUUUAGUCUUAUGAUGUUUUUUUUUAUUUUUGCAGUGAAUAUUGCCAUGACUAAUGUAACAUUUACAAGAGUAUGACAACCUAUUAUUAUAUAAAGGCUGUGUUUUUCUUUUUUUUUGUGUGUUUAUUAGCAGUCUCAUUUUUUAGUAUUCUUCCACAUUCAUGUACUUUCAUAGCUGAACAUGCGAUUGUUUAGAAUCUCAACAGCACAGUAGUAAUUUAGUUAUUCUUCAUACACAUCUCUUAGGACUAACUCAUAUUGAUACACUCCUUGAUAUUUCAUUCAUUUAUAUAUCUUACGAAGUACCUUUUUUUCAGUUUUACUACUUAGUCAGCGACUAAAACUGUGAUCUGAGCUGACUGAAACUUUAGCUAUUGCGGCUCAGUACAGAAAUCCCGUCUACAUUUGAG